UAAAUUAUCAUUGGCCUCCGUAUUUCACGACAAUUAUCUCUUCUUCUAGACUCACCACCCUGUCCAGCCCCUCAUUCUUUGCUUUCUUUGUUUGUCUAUUUAUCGUUGAUUUGAUUAAAGAAGUCAAGAAACCUUGUAUUUUUGGUAUAGCAGUCUCUUGUUGCAGUUUAUUCUGGGCGAAGGAGCGGUUUAGUUGUUCUCAUGGAACUGAAGAAAAUGAAUCGAAAUGAGUCUAGUGAGGAAACACCUGUUUAUUUCUAAGCGGCAGGGGAUUAUUGGAGUACUCGUCAUAACCACAGUGACCGGUUUUAUGGUGAUGUACAACAACACUUCAAGGGCACCCUCCCCAUCCUCAUCAAGCCAACCUGGGGCCGGUGUUAUUCUGGAGGAGCCGCCCAAGAGAAGUACCACAGAUCCAAUAACAGUGCUGAGAGGCUACAAGAGUUUCGUCGAUCAGAAGCCACUGAAGAUGCACUGCAGCAGUUGCUCGCUGGUCAGCAGCUCGGGCCAGCUGACCGGCGGCAGGCGGGGCGAGGAGAUCGACCGCGCCCAGUGCGUCAUCCGCAUGAACGACGCCCCCAGCGCCCACUUCCAGCGGGACGUGGGCCGUCGCACCGACCUGCGCGUGGUGGCACACUCCAGCCUCACCAGGGUGCUAAGCAGACGGCAGGAGCUGCUCAACGCCAGCCAGGACACCGUGUUCAUCUUCUGGGGGCCCAGCAGCAGCAUGCGGAGGGACGGGAAGGGCACCAUGUUCAACAGCCUGAAGCUCGUGAAGCGGCUGCUGCCCAGACACAAGCUGUACGUGGUGUCCCAGCGCAAGAUGCUGAGCCUGGACGAGCUCUUCAAAAACGAGACGGGCAUGGACAGGAAGGGUUCCAAGUCGUGGCUGAGUACCGGCUGGUUCACCAUGAGCCUCGCCACGGAGCUGUGUGGCUCCAUCAACGUGUUUGGCAUGGUGCCUCCUGAUUUCUGCAGCCCCGCCAGCAACUCCUCCACCCAGCGGCCCUCGGUGCCGUACCACUACUACGAGCCCCGGGGGUGGAGCGAGUGCUCCACCUACCUGUCCAACGAGCGCAGCCAGAAGGGCAGCCACCGCUUCGUCACCGAGAAGUCGGUGUUCGCCAGCUGGGCUCGCACCCACCCCAUCCGCUUCCAACAGCCGGACUGGACGCCACGAAGCCCCGCCCCCGACGCAAUGGCGACCAACACCUCCGACACACGACAGCUUCAGCCGGUGCCAGACUCCAGACAUACGGAUGUACAGAUAAACAGUCAGAUCGACAGACAGGCAAGCAGACAGGUCAAUAGAUAGGCAGGUGGACAGAUAGACAGAUCAAUAAGCAGGCAGGCAAGUGUGUGUGUGUGUGUGUGUGUGUGUGUGUGUGUGUGUGUGUGUGUGUGUGUGUGUGUGUGUGUGUGUGUGUGUGUGUGUGUGUGUGUGUGUGUGUGUGUGUGUGUGUGUGUGUAUGUGUGUUACUGUUUACACAAUACUGGAUUUUCUAACUUCGAUACAAUCCCUUGCAAAAUAUUGAUAUUCCACAACUGCUAACUUGUGAUCGACCAAUAUAUCGGCCGGCCGAUAUUAACGGCCGAUAUUUGCGUUUUUUUACUUGUAUCGGUAUCGGCCGAUAUUUUUUUCUGUAUCGGCAUCGGUAUCUGUCCUAAAAAAUAUGUAUUGGUCGAUCCCUACUGCUAACCUGUAGUUAUCCUGUAACUAAAUCUCCCACCUAAACGACAGAAUAGCUUGUUUGUUCAUGUCGUCCAAAACAAACCAUAUAAACUUUUGAACCCCCUAUCGACUUUUCGAAGAAACAGCAGUAAGUCUCGUAUAUGUAGGUUGUAUCUUGGCAAAACAAAUUUGAUGACAUUCAUUAUAUUUUCAGUGGAAAAUCAUUGGAAAGUGCAACAUUUUAAGAUAGUUUAGUGUAUAAAAAUGUGUUUUGAUAAAAUAAAAUAUUAUUUUCGUAAUCUUUAGUUUGUGUAUGUAUAAGUUUAGUAUCUUAGUUAAUGCAGCCUUUUCUAUCGUUGCCAUGGUGAAUUAUGUGUCUGCCAUCCCUGAAACCACUCAGCUUGAAUUGGGUUUGAAUCACCACUCUGUGCUGUCUAGCCUGGGCAGUUGUGUUCAGGUUUUUUUUUUGUAACAUACAAUGUUCUUUCAAAUAAAAUAUUUUUGAGUGACUGAGGGAUGACAUCCAUUCAUCUUCGUUGGGACUGACUAGGACAACUUUUAUUUUUUAUGCACAAACUAAACUUUAUGUUCGCUUGGCCGAACGUUUUUCCGCUGAAAAACCCAUUCGAGAUGUUCAUUUCUCAAAUACAUUUUGUGGUCCAAGGUAAUCAUGACAAAUUAAUCCUGCUUUAAAGCUUUUUUAAAUGUUAAUGCAUCAAUAAAGUAGAAGGAAGAGGAAAAAGAUUUUCAAAAGACUCCUAAAAUGAUCAACAUGGGGGUCGUAGACAUACAGGAUGUGAUGCAACCAUUCACGGGUCACAGAAUGACUUGGGAGUAAGAAAGAGUGGCUGGUCUCUUUUAUAUGAAUCUUUUAUAUGAAAUUAAGGCUUGCUAAAAUAGUAGAUGAUACACUAUACAUUAGUCCUACAGGAAGCUUUGUAAUAAGUAGGUCCUAUCAAGGUCACUUGAGAGUGAAGAAGAGACCUGGGGUCUCUUGCUUAUAAAAGAGCCAUAUGAAGAGGCAGAGUAAGAUUAUAAAUCUUCUAAUCUAAUAUGUUUAAUUUGAAAAAAACGUCAUCAGUUUUAUGAAAUGGCCUUGAACACAAAACGUUCAGGGCCAUUGAUUCAAACCAAACACGAGCCGAGAGGUAUCAGGGAGGGUAGCGUCCAUAUGAAUCACCAUGGCAACAAUAGAAAACGUUGCUUUCCAUAACAUACGAUAUGGCAUAUACAUUCAAUGACUGAAGAAAUUGUUUAUGAAAAUAACAAAUUAGAUAUAGUCAUUUCGCUCCUCUGUCCGGAUGACGUCCAAACGAGGAGCCACCACCCCCAGACCGCCUUCAGAAUCAGCUCGCCGCCCUGUGGGACAGAUGUUCUGUCAGUGCCUCCCAGAGUGCGGCGGCUGUGGAUAACCUUGCACUGCUCUCUUCUGCCCUUUCGGCCAUGACCGUUGGCAGAGACUUGUUAGGGCAGAGCGUGACAUGGAGAAGGUCGCCAGGAUCUCCGGCGCCAUCCGGUGGCGGUGGCAGCCGGUGGCGGUGACGGCUGGACGUCAGUUUGGGCGUGGGCGACCAUGUGGCCGUUCCACACAUCGGUACCCGGCCGCGACAGGGUGGGCCUGGCCCAGAGCCCGCUAGCCGGGGAUGGGCUCUUUGGACCAAGCUUUGCAGAGGUCCUCGCCCACCAACAAUCCAUCCGUGAGAAUCGGUCCC